AUGAGUGAAUUACAAACAGGCCGGCCAGGUUCGUCUGCAGGAAGACUCAAUGAUCCAACGAUUGUUGAAAUAAAACCACGUCAGCAUGAUAAUGGCAAACCCCAGCCUGAACCUGAAUGUGCUCCAAAACUUCCCCCAAAAGGCGAUGACCAGCCGCAAAAUGGGGAACCCCCAGAUGCAGACAAUAGGCAUGGAAAUGUUUCUAUAGAAAGGGCACCAGCUCGCGGGGUGCCAGAUAGACACCCGUAUGAUCAGGGAAUCAGAGUAACCCACGUUUGCUGUGAACCAGAGCCUCCUUCGAUGAGCAGCGCGUGGUUCUCGUCUCGCCGCUCCAACAGGUCCCGUGAACAGGCAAUGGAGCAAGAAAUCCACCAGCUACGAUCAGAGGUUGGGCGCCAGCGACAGGUCAUUACCGAACUGCAGGAAGGCAAUGCAUUCACAAAGGACGAAAAUUUCCAGCUCCGUGGGAAAAUCCGAGAACUCAAUGGCUUGAUCCGUCGAACACAAGAGAGAGCAUUCGGAGAAAUCAGCCAGGGAAAAUGGGCCUCACAGCCUGACCGAGAUAUUCGUGAUGACUUGUCAUUAUUUCAACGUGAACUGAGGGACUGGAGCAAGGAGUAUGCUCUAGAUUCCAUAUCCACACUACAGGCGUUGAAAAUGAGUGAGGAAGAGAAGGAAGAGUUCCUGUGCAACUUAAGCAAGGUUGUUACGCUCAGCGAUAGUGGAAGUAUCCCGGCGACGCUGCGUUCAGGGAAAAUGGAACGCAAAUUACCAUCGAUUCUGCUAAACGCUCUGGUAGCCCAUGAUGUUUAUACUCAGGUCUUUGAUGAUCCUUUCUAUUUUCUUGGACAGAGCAAUGGCUCGGAUGAUCAGGACUGCUCGGUCGAUGGAACACCCCUCGUGAACGAGACUCUAAAUAAGGUCUAUGCCGAGCUCAUGAAUCUGGAUGAGCGAGAAGCUCAUAUCUGGAGAUCACAGCUGGUUCGGAUAUACAAUCCGCCAGAGGGAGGAAUUCUCACCGAGAAAGAUAAAUUAGCUACCAAAAAGAUGCAUUUCCGGGUUGAACGCUGUAGCGAUUAUUUUGCAACCAUCUUCCACACCGGACCGGCAAGACAUCUCUUUCGGAAACUCCCUAGUGACAGGGAAACGGUUCGCCUCGAUAAACUCCGGGACAUCUUCAUGGACGCUGGCGAGUUAUCAUCCAGACUUUGGACUCAACGGUCGUACAUGAAGAGCCAGAAUCUCCCGUCGUUAAAGUUGGAACCGUUUAAGGUCUCUUCUCCAUCCAUGGAAGCCCAUCCCUCCCAGGGGCUAGAUGAUGACGAAGAUAGCAAACUAGAUGGCUCGCGGGUAGAGGUAGUCGUCCACCCUGCCAUCCUCGCCUUUGGGAAUGACGACUGUGAGAACUACCAUAUCGCCCGUGUCUGGGCAAAGGCUGUGGUUUUGCUGAGGGGGUCAAGAUGA